CGGCCGCCUCCAGUCAGAUCCUCACAGCCGUCGCGUUUAGACUCUUGAUCCCUCAUCCUUCUGUCCUCUGCUUGUCAUCCCAGGCCAAUUGGACCGAGACUCGGCCCUCCAACAGCCACCUCCUAAGUCAGUCUACACAGCAUCUCACCGGCUGCAGGACCCGCUUGAGAUAUAUCUCAGAGGCAGUGGGAGACGAAGAGAGAUCACAGAAGACAACAUGUCACUGGUGAAGACGGCACUUCUUGGCCUGACUGCUGCCAUCAUGGUCAUCAUGGUUUGCAGUCAGGCGGCGGAAAAUGUGGUCUCUUCCAACUGUAUGGGUUGCUUGUGCGAGGCGUCGACGAGGUGUAAUGCCUCUGCGGGCUGUACCACCCCUUACCCUGGAGGCUACUUCUGCGGCGCCUUCCUCCUUUCCUGGGCCUUCUGGGCUGAUGCUGGCAAACCCGUGAUCAAAAACGAUGACCCUGAAAAAAAAGGCGCAUUUGAGAACUGUGCCUUCGACCUCCCCUGCGCCGCCAAAGCAGUCCGCCAGUACAUGAAGAAGUUCUCUGCCGACUGUAACGGUGACGGCGAAGUGACCUGCAUCGACUUUGUAAGGAUACACAAGUAUGGUGUGAGCGGCUGCAGGUCUCCACUAGUCGGCGCCUUCAAAACACAAUAUGAAGAAUGCACUACUCGUCUCGGCUUCAUUUAGGAGUGCAGGGCGUGAACAAUGACUGCAACGGGGAUGGCAAGGUGGAUUGUGUUGACUUCGCCUUCAUGCAUAUGCUGGGUGGCUUUGGCUGUCAUGACUCCUCCCUCCUUACUACUGAUUUCUACAAGAGAUUCGAUACUUGUUGGAAAGUGGUUCAAGCAGCAACUGUAGGUGGCGGAUCUUCGUAGAUUUGGUUUUGUUUAAUUUUCAUCCCUUUAUCUUGGAGACCAUAUUGUGUUAUUGAUCAAACCAGUUGAUACUACAGCCUAAUACAGUUAUAGAGUACAGUACAGUAUUACUAGGUGACAAAUGAUGGAAAAACUGGAGUUGGAAACUGGAGACCUUAGUUACUGAAGCAUAUUAGUACAUUUCAACAAUAGUUUAUUUUGUACGUUUAAAACUUACGUAACUUAGAAGGGUUAAGACCGCAAGAUCUAAAGCAGCAGUGAGGAGAGUACAAAUUAUUCUUUAACCAGCGGAUACCCGAUACACCAAGGUGAAGCACAGUAUUCUUAUGGCUGGUCAACAUAGGAACAUUUAUGGUCUCCAGGUUUCUAGUGAUCAUUUAAGUCUGACAACCACUCGUCUCAUCCAGUAAUUUAUUCACAGUUGUAGGUAAACCUUUAUGAGAUAUGUGCAUUUAUUUCACUAUACAUUCUAUGAUUGAGUUCCAUUUUAAAGUUGCAUAUUAACGUGCAAGAAUUUUCUGAGCAUUGGAGGAGUCUGAAUAAUGUAUUAUCAGAAUUUCAUGUUGUGUGACAAGGUUGAGGACGCCGGUGUUAUACUUUAUUUGAGUUAUUCAUGAAUAUUUAGACGAAACUUUCGUUUAUUGAAAAAAGGCUUUGGUGUGUAACUUGUAAACUGUAGAUCCUUGUGUUGAAUAUGUUCUGUAAGACUUUGGGAACCUUGUUUACCUUUCAAGAUUUAUGGAUGCUCAUUGACUCUACAAAAACCACAGUGCCUCAGGUUUAGUUUAGUUAUUAUAUUGUUGUUAGCUUUGAUGCAAAACCUAGAUAACUACAGUAUCCUGCUAUAGUACAGUUCAAGUUUGUUUUGGCCUUUAUUUCUAUGUUCAAGCAUUAAUGUCUUUAUUGUCUGCAGUUGAUCAUGAAGGAUACAUCCCUACUACUGUCAGGUAUUUUCACUUAAUAAACAUAUUUAACGAUAA